AUGAGUUAAAUAAUCAAUUUAAGCAAUUUUAUAAACUAAGAGGAAUUCAAACAGUCUAAAAUACCUUGCAUUACUAAAACCAUUUGCAAAUUCAGUAUAUCAUCAAUAUAAAUUAGAAUAAUAAAAUAAUUAAAAGACUUAGAUCUCUAAGAAAAUCAUAAUUCCCAUCCUUACAAUUUCUAGACCAAUCUCUACUGUUAUUAAAACAUCAGUUGAAUUAAAAUUAGCAUUAUCUUGUCCUCAAGAAAGAUGUUUAGGAUUCUUAUGUGAAAAUCCUUGUACUUAUAAUUAUAAAGUAUGCAGAGUUGAUUAAUAACAUGAUCUUUUUAUCUUUUCUCUUUAACAAUAUGAUAGACAUCAAUACACUAAAUCAUAAAUAUGUUAAAUUCUUUAAAAUAUGAAUGAUCAAUACAGUUAAUAAGCAUUAGAAUGUGUUGAAUAGAGAUUUAAAAUUCUUAAUAAUUUCCAACAACAAACUUUAAUAUCAGAUAAUGAAUUAGUAGAGUUUGAAAAAUACCUCAAUUAAUAUCCAUUCUAAUGUACUCUAUAAAAUGUCAAUUCUUAAAAUAGUACUCUAUUAUCUAGAAUUAUCAAUUAAAAAUUUCUAGAUCUGAUGGGAAUUACUAAAGAUAUGAUGCUUGAUCAUCUCAAAGAAACUCAAGCAUUACCUACUAUAUUUAAUCACGAUGGUUCACUUAAAAAUUGGUGUGAAUUGGCUUAGUAUUCUGUUGAAGGAACAGAAUUCUUUGAUUAUUACCUUAACACUUAUGAAGGUUUAUAAUUCAAAUCUUAAGUUUAAUAAAAAUAAAUUUUUAAAUCAUCUCCUAAUGAUCCCAAUUAAAUCAUUUUUAUAGAAUUUAGAAUUAUACAUCCAGAUCCUAAAAUUAUCUCAAAUCUCUGUAAUUCAACUAGAAUAAUUAAAAAUCAUGCAGAUUAUUUCAAUCUCAAAAAUACUGAUAUUAUAUUAAACUAGUUCAAACAUACUACUAAAUAUUUAGAUGCCAAAAAUUAUAAAAUUACUAAACCUUGCGGAUAUAAAAUUAUUGAUCAAAUUAUUUUUAAAUCUUGA